AUGAAGAGUAAAUCACUUAAAACAAUCAAGAAGAGUGGGCUCAAGACAAAGAGAUACUCCAAUGAAGAUCUACAGAAAGCUGAAUUUGAAUAUAUACGUAGCAAUUGUGGGGGGGGGAGGAGGAAGGAGGAAGACAAAGUGGUUGGUUUACGAUUAAUUGCCGAAAAGUACAAUAUUCCCCUUUCGACAUUACAGAGCCGAGUCCACCCACCAAGCAAAAAGAAAACGGGUACGCAUUCACAAAGAGUGUUAUCUGAAGCUCAGCAACAAGCCAUUGCAGAGAAAAUGAAGACGUUGAUCAAUGAGACGAAACCAGCCACGUUAAAAGAAGCAAUGAAUUCUUGCAAGUACGCUAUUGGUGGCGAACCUCGAGGGUUCUCGGACAGUGUCGAGAGGAUGGCGUCAAGGAUUCAAAAGCCGCCAUGCAGUUCUAAAUUUCGGUUUGAUAGAAGAAGAUUCAUUGGAAGCACUGGAUGA